GCCGGUACUACAUUCGUUUUACCGAAUAAAAAUUUUCAAUCAUUCGUUCGUGUGUUCUUGUGAAGUAGCGUUCAUUGAGUUCUUUGUGGGCAGUAAUACUGGGUAGUAUUUUAUUGUGAAUUUUCAUUGUCUAAUUUCACAUCAAAUUUCUUCAGAAAACUUAUCGAAAUGGCAGAAAAACCAAAGCGUCCUCUAUCUGCUUACAUGAUCUGGUUGAACGAUCAUCGUGAACAAAUCAAGAAGGAGAAUCCAGGCAUUAAAGUCACAGAAAUCGCUAAACGUGGUGGUGAAUUAUGGCGUGCACUUAAGGACAAGAGCGAGUGGGAUCAAAAAGCCGCCGAAGCUAAAGACCGAUACACAAAGCUGAUAAAAGAAUUCGAAGCAAAUGGUGGAUCCAAAGAGGCAGCCACUGGUCGUAAGCGAACAAAGGGAGCAAAGAAACCGGCUGUCAAGAAGAGUAAAAAGAAGGCUGAAUCCGAAGACGAAGAUGCUUCAGAAGAUGAAAGCGAUUAAACAUUCGGGCAAAAGUAAUUACAACUUUUGAUCUAAUAAGUUUUUUUUUUCUUCUCCUGAACCAACAACAAAAAAAACCCGCCCGCAUGCAUACAUACAAAGCAUCCAAUAAUUAUUAAUUUUUUUUUAAAUUUCUUCUUACUUUACACACACACACACAAACAUUCUCCCUUCACCCCACCCAAGAAUUUGAAUAUGGGAAAAAGGUUACAACUGAAAUGAAUGAAUGACAUUUAUUUAUUUAUAUUUUUGGAAGUGUCUGGGCCUUGCUUUUGAGAAGGACAAUGAAAGUUAUAAAUAAUAAUAACAAAGAAUGGAAAAACCGACAAUAUUUCGCAUCUCUUUUUUACUCUGACGUUAAACUGUAUUUUUUUUUUUUGCCAAAAUUUUGUUUUUUUUAUUAAAAAGAAGAAAAAUUAAAAUUUGAAAAAGAAAAUUCCAAUACAGAACCGACUAA